AUUUCAGUGUGUGGUUGACCUUCGGAUGGUAGAGUCUAGGCUGUCUAUCUCGCAAUUACUGAAUCUGUUUCUGAGAUUUUAAAAAAUUCAACUCUUAAUAUUUGAAUCAACAACGUUGUUUUCUAUAUAUUUGCCAGUUUUGGGAAACACGUCAACAUGACGUCCGAUUUGUUUGGUACCCCGAAGAUGAUUGUGCCGUACGAGUGGAUCUUUGAGUGUGUAGAAGGAAAACCGAUGACAAUGGCUUCGAACAUGAUUUUGUUUCGGGGUGAAAAAGUAUUCCGUGUGGGUUUGAAGAACUACACCAAAUCACCCAUUUUGUUUUUCAUGGUAAUUGAUCUCGGCAAAUUUGGGAUGAAAGUGGAAGACGUAAAAUACGGAAUUCAAGGUAGUGGACUCGGCCCUUCAAAGAUGACGACAAUGACAAAACAUGAUUUCGGAGAAGAAGGAAAUCUACAGUUAUUCACCAUGACGUUUCUUGAAAAGAUUGUAGGAAACUUCACGUAUGUGUUUCGAAUUUGCAUUGAAGGAACUGAUCCCGGCUUUUCCUAUCAACUGUGCGAUCGUCUUGCCAAGGAGCAAUUAUAUGAUGCUCUUAAAAGUCAACAAAAGAUGGCGGACGUUGAAUUUGUGGUUAAAGACAAAACAUUUCCUGCACACAAAUCAAUCCUUGCUGCCCGCAGUCCCGUGUUUGCAGACGAAUUAAAGAAGAAACAAGCAGUAAAAGACAGUCCUCAUCAGAUCCGAAUCAAAACCGGAGUGGAACCUUCAACCGUGGUAAAUUUUCUUCACUUUAUCUACACGGGCGAGCCGAAAGGAACAUUGGCAGAUGAAGAAUUGCUAAAGUUAGCUGAUCGCUAUCAACUUACAAUUCUGACUAGUUUAUGCAAAGUCGCUCUGAAGAAAAUGGACGCCAUUCAAAUGGAGAACCUCAGGAAACGUUUGAACAGCAACGCCGAAGAUCUUUCUUCUUCCAAAAUCAUGCCGGAGAAAGAAACGGAAAUAUUCUUUGAUCGGACGACGCCUACCUUUCGAUGCAGUUUGAUGUGUAAAAAAUCUGAGAACGGACAAUCCAAGUGUGUGAUGCAAUAUCAAAAUGAGAAUAUUUUUAUUGCUUACUACACUAAAGAAAAAGAAAUUGAUUCGCAAUUGAACCAAGACGAUAUUAGUAAACCGAUCAUUCAUUUCUCAUGCGCUAAGCAUCGCAGCUUCGGUCUGCAAGUUGAGGAUAUUUACUGCGGCAUGCAAGGAUUAGGCACGCUGGGAUACAUACAAUGGUUAAAAAUGGAAUCGAAACGUUUUCAGAAAACCGCUGAACUACUUCACUUCGCAGCACAAGCACUUUUGAAUUUCAGCAAAGAAAAUCUUCAAUUCCUAGUCUACUUCGACAUCAAAACAGUCAGUACAAUCGGCAACUAUUACUACGAGAUGAUGGACGACAAAUGGUCUACAGAUUUCUGGAUGGCAGCAACAAAUCAGAAAUUGACGGAUGUCGAAAUAUUUGUCGGAACUGUUAAGGUGAUGGAAGCCCACCGAGUUAUCCUAUGUGCUCGGAGUCCUAUCCUGAAUGAGUCUUUCAACAAGAUCAGCAACAUAAGGAAAUCAAUCGUCACAUUCGGGGCUGAAUUCGAUGUCGAUACUGUGCAGCAUUUUCUAAAUUUCCUUUACACCGGCUCUUUAAAGACGACUGACAACGUCCAACAACUUGGUAAAUUGGCUACAAUGUAUGAAGUGGAGACUUUGAAAAAUAUUUGCCAACUAAUCAAUUGCGUACCGGAUGUUGAAGAACUGACUGACUAUCUUCUGCAGCUAUAACCUCUGAUGGUUAAGUUGCCAUUAUUCUUUAAUUGAGCAUCCUACUUUUGCUAUCCUACGUAUCUUUGUCUUUUAAGUUUUGAAUACAGA